AGAAAAAAAGACCAAGUUAAAAUGGCCCCAGUUAGUAAGGCUGAUAAGAAGGCAGCCGUAGAUGCCGCUGCGUGGAUGUUCAAUGUCGUCACUUCCGUCGGGAUCAUCAUCGUCAAUAAAGCUUUAAUGGCGACAUAUGGAUUUAGCUUUGCGACAACCUUAACGGGAUUACAUUUCGCCACGACAACUCUGAUGACAGUCAUUCUAAGAUGUCUUGGUUAUAUUCAGCCUUCUCAUCUUCCCUUCACUGAGCUUCUGAAAUUCGUUCUUUUGGCAAACUUCUCCAUUGUUGGAAUGAACGUCAGUCUUAUGUGGAACUCUGUGGGGUUUUAUCAGAUUGCAAAGCUUAGCAUGAUUCCAGUAUCCUGCUUGUUGGAAGUGGUGUUCGAUAAGAUUAGAUACUCGAGAGACACAAAGCUUAGCAUCGGACUGGUUCUUCUAGGUGUUGGUGUUUGCACUGUAACCGAUGUUAGUGUGAACACCAAAGGCUUCAUAGCUGCCUUUAUCGCAGUGUGGAGUACUUCUCUGCAGCAAUACUAUGUACACUAUCUUCAGCGAAAAUACGCGCUUAGUUCGUUCAACCUUUUGGGCCACACUGCUCCAGCGCAGGCUGCAACAUUGCUGAUUGUCGGCCCAAUCCUCGACUACUGGCUGACAAACAAACGUGUAGACAAAUAUGACUACGACAUAGUUUCCGUGAUGUUCAUAGUUCUGUCGUGCACGAUCGCAAUCGGAACAAACUUGAGCCAGUUCAUAUGCAUCGGGAGGUUCACCGCCGUGUCAUUCCAAGUGCUGGGCCACAUGAAAACGAUCCUGGUGCUGAUAAUGGGAUUCUUCUUCUUUGGAAGAGAUGGCCUGAACCUUCACGUUGUCCUCGGAAUGGUGAUCGCAGUUCUCGGGAUGAUAUGGUACGGCAAUGCGUCGUCGAAGCCCGGGGGAAAGGAAAGGCGGAGUUAUUCUCUUCCGACGACCCGGCAACAGAAACACGGCGGUGGUGCUUCAGAUUCGGAUGGUCACGAAGGCAAGGCCUAGUAGUAGAUGGAUCAUGGAACACAUCAGGGUUCUCCACACAUAGUUCAAACUUGCUGGUCGAGCUAUUCUUUUCUUGCUUCUUUUUUCAGCGGUAUAUGUAAUUCUAGUUGUCCUAAUUUGGUAUCUAAUUGCGCCAUUUUUUUCCAUAUUAUGGACGAUUUGAGUGUUUUGAAAUUUUUCGAGGAAUUAAGUUAUUAUUAGUGUCUUG